AUGGUGGCUCGCAGCUUUCAGGUUCACCACAAUGACUCCACUUACGGCGUUGAUUAUGACACUGGCGAUGGCCUCGAAGUUUUCAAAAUUCAGAUAUUCUCUCUCACCUCCAUUCCUCCAGACGAGCAAAAGUUAAUUGGAGUCGAUGAAAAUCGUGUCCUUUCGGAUGAUUCCGACCUCGUGGCCAUCUCUGAGAAGCUCCGAUUGGUUUCGAUCAAUGAGGAGCAACAAGAAAAAUCAACUGCUGAAAACGAUGAAUUGCUGAAAUCCGAUGAGGAAUUGGCCAGAAUGUUGCAGAGAGAGAGGGCUUUUUUUCAGCAGUACGCUGCCCCUGAAGAUAAUGGAAAGUUUGAGGAGAGACUACGCCCUUAUGUCAGUCAAGUUCUCAUGUAUGAGGACCUGCAACGCCAGGAGGCUGCCCGGCAAACAGUCCCUAUAGAAGAGCUCGAGGAGAAAGCAUUGGUCAGUUUGGCCAAGGAGGGGAAUUCAACUCCAUCAAAAAAUGAACAAGACCAUGCUUUCCUGCUGCAGCUGCUUUUCUGGUUCAAACAAUCUUUCAGGUGGGUUAAUGCUCCUCCCUGUGAUGGUUGCGGCAAAGAAACCGUAUUUCAUGGAAUGGCUGAUCCGCUUCCUUCAGAAAUUCGAUAUGGAGCUUCUCGAGUUGAGAUCUAUGGAUGCAAUUUUUGCCCUAUAGGGUCUCGUUUCCCACGCUACAAUGAUCCAUUAAAGCUUGUGGAAACAAGAAGUGGGCGUUGUGGGGAAUGGGCCAAUUGCUUUACGCUUUAUUGCCGAGCUUUUGGAUAUGAAUCCCGCCUGAUCUUGGCUUUCGUGGAUCAUGUUUGGACAGAGUGCUUCUCACAAUCUUUAGGAAGAUGGAUGCAUCUCGAUCCUUGUGAAGGAGUGUAUGACAAACCACUGUUAUAUGAAAGCGGGUGGAACAAGAAAUUAGAUUACGUAAUUGGCAUCGCCAAAGAUGGUGUUUGUGAUGUAACCAAACGAUAUACGAGGAAGUGGCAUGAGGUUAUUUCUCGACGUAACAUCAUUACAGAGCCUGCACUGUCAGCUGUGCUUGCUAAUGUAACAAAAGACUGCAGAAGAGGGUUUACCUCUCAAGUGCUUUCUGUACUUGAAGACCGUGAUGAGAAGGAGAGGCAAGAACUUGAAAGCAGUUUACAUUCUACAGACAAUGCCUCAACCUCAUUACCAGGGAGACGGAGUGGGGACAAGGAAUGGCGGAAGUCAAGAUUAGAAUGUGGUUCUGAUGAGAGUUGCUCCUUGAGUGGUUCUUCUUGUCCAGUUCGUGCAUGUGUUGACAAGCAUGUGACCGAAAUUCACAAUGCAUUUCUUCUGAUUCUUUCCCAGUUUGUUAAGGAAGAAUUUCCCAAGUCAAGGGCGGUUGAAGUACUCGAGACUCUUAAACGAAUUCUUGUGGAUCUUAAGAAAUCCCCUUUUAAAACAAGGAGGGCCACAAUCGAUUCAGUCAGCCAAUCUCUUGUUCAUCAGUUGCUGCCCUCUUUCACUGAGUUACUUAAUGCUCUUUCGAUGAGUGGUAAGGCAGAUGCUGAUGGGAGGUUUGACAUUUCUUUAGCUGGAAAUGCUGUCAAAACCUCUUUGGCACUGCCUGUUGCUUUGGAUGCUUUGGAUGACACAAUCAAUAAUCUUAACAUUUGUGAUAACUUUGUUGAAGAUUCUCUUUGCUUGCCACUUCUGAAGCUAAACAGAAUACAUUCUGGUUCAGUCCUUGCAAGUGGAGAAGAAAUUCCUUUGGGAAUUGCAACGUCAGCAUUUGAUGGGUUACGCACAUCGAAGUGGGAAGAACCAAAUGGCGCACGAGGUUGUUGGAUCAUGUAUAAAGUAUCAGACAACCUGAUGCAUGAACUUGUGGCAUAUGAGAUAAUGUCAGCCAAUGAUGCACCAGAAAGGGAUCCGAUGGAUUGGGUAGUUGAAGGAAGCAAUGAUGGGGAAUCAAGCUGGCAUCUAUUGGAUAAACAAACUUCUCAAAUAUUUGACAGUCGUUUCCAGCGUAAAACAUUUAAGAUCUCAUGUCAGGGUUUCCUAUCAAAUGUUUUCAGGUUCAGAUUUUUGACAGUUCGAGAUGUUCAAUCAACCUCACGGCUGCAAUUAGGUAGCAUUGACCUCUAUUCUAGAAGCAGUUAA